AUUUGAUGGACCCAGAGGUGGCUAAGAUCCAUAACAAGAUUGCAAAUAACAAAUUUGAUCAAGAACGAAGCCGUCUUUGGAAUGAACUCGAUCUAGAAUUGCAAGAAAAGGGUUUGAUGAACCAAGAAGUGGCUUUAAAAUACAACGAUAUUGCAUUGCACCUUCUUCAUGAAGAAGGAAGCUUUGACGAAGCCAUGGAACUUUUUCAACUCAGGCUGGAAAUUGAGAAGAAAGUCUUUCAAUGUGAUGAUCAUCAGCAAAUGGCAACAACAUAUCAUAAUAUUGGUUCUGUCUUGAAAGCUCAAGGCAAGUACGAUGCAGCAAUGGAACAAUAUCAAACGGCACUUGAGAUCGUAUUGAAGACACUUGGGCGGGAACACUCCACAACUGCAUCAACAUAUCAUAAUAUUGGAGAUGUCUUGAAAGCUCAAGGCAAGUACGAUGCCGCAAUGGAACAAUACCAAAGGGCGCUUGAGAUUCAAUUGAAGACACUUGGGCCGGAACACUCCUCAACUGCAAUAACAUAUCGUAGUAUUGGAUCUGUCUUGGAAGCUCAAGGCAAGUACGAUGCCGCAACGGAACAAUACCAAAGGGCGCUUGAGAUAAAAUUGAAGACACUUGGAACGGAACACUCCUCAACUGCAACAACAUAUCAUAAUAUUGGUUCUGUCUUGAAAGCUCAAGGCAAGUACGAUGCAGCAAUGGAACAUUACCAAAGGGCGCUUGAGAUAAAAUUGAAGACACUUGGACCGGAACACUCCUCAACUGCAGCAACAUAUCAUAAUAUUGGAGGUGUCUUGGAAGCUCAAGGCAAGUACGAUGCCGCAACGGAACAAUACCAAAGGGCACUUGAGAUAAAAUUGAAGACACUUGGGCCGGAACACUCCUCAACUGCAACAACAUAUCAUAAUAUUGGUUCUGUCUUGGAAGCUCAAGGCAAGGCGCUUGAGAUCCAAUUGAAGACACUUGGAACGGAGCACUCCUCAACUGCAACAACAUAUAAUAAUAUUGGAUGUGUCUUGAAAGCUCAAGGCAAGUACGAUGCCGCAACGGAACAUUAUCAAAGGGCGCUUGAGAUCCAAUUGAAGACACUUGGAACGGAGCACUCCUCAACUGCAACAACAUAUAAUAAUAUUGGAUCCGUCUUGAAAGCUCAAGGCAAGUACGAUGCCGCAAUGGAACAAUACCAAAGGGCGCUUGAGAUCGAUUUGAAGACACUUGGAACGGAGCACUCCUCAACUGCAACAACAUAUCAUAAUAUUGGAUCCGUCUUGAAAGCUCAAGGCAAGUACGAUGCCGCAAUGGAACAUUAUCAAAGGGCGCUUGAGAUUAACUUGAAGACACUUGGACCGGAACACUCCUCAACUGCAACAACGUAUCACUCCAUUGCUACUGUCUUCGAACUCCAAGGGAACAACAAUGAAGCCAUAGUUCAAUAUCAAAAGGGCAUUGAGAUCCAGUUGAAGACACAUGGAUUUAGCGAUGCAGACGCUGGACUGAUAUUAGGGGAAUUUGGAGAUCAUAUGGAGAAUGAAGGGGAGCAAAACCAAGCCGUUGCUUCAUUCCAACUAGCUAUCGUGAUGUUGCGCCAAAAUCUUGGAGAGAAUCACACGAGUGUUGUUGAUCUGCAACGCAAAUGCCAAAGAAUUGGCGCGGCAGCAAGAUAA